UCAAAUUAUUUAUGAAAAUUUACACAAACAUGCAUGAAUUAAUAAUGCAUAAUGAAAACUUAGGUUAAGGUUUUCUGAGAAGUAAAGAGAGCUAUUUACAUUGCAAAGCAAGUCGGGUUCUAUAGUUCUAAGUAACACCAAUAUGUACUUGAAGUUAAUAUUUAAUAUUGUUUGCUUCAGACCAGCUACCCAAUCACAAUGACAUCAUCCUCGUCGCCGUGGUCAAACCAUUCAAGGAGAAGAGGAUCACAAGUCUCUCUCUGAUGGAGGCUUGUAAGGAGGAGUUCAUCACAAGGCACACUUUGGACGGCCGCAUCGUCUACACUGACCACAGGAUUUCAACCGUUGCUGGCUACAUGGCAGAAGAAGUCUGCGGCGUGCCUGGCUUCCAGUAUAUGCACAAGGACGACAUGCGCUGGACAAUGGUUGGCCUCAGGCAAAUGUUUUACCGAGGCUCGAGUUACGGGCAGAGCUGCUACAGGCUGCAGUCCAAGAAUGGAGCCUUCAUCUACCUGAAGACCUGCGGCUACCUGGAGUUGUCUGAGAAUAACAAGAACUUCCAGUCACUCAUCUGUAUCAACUCCCUCGUCUCAGUGCAAGAGGGAGAAACUCUUAUGAGGCAAAUGAAAGAUCUAUUCUCACCUGUCAUUAGGGUCAAUAAUGAUCCAAACAUGGAAAUGCUGUCGAACAAUAUAGAUAUGGCGGAAAGUAAUACUACAACAGGACAGACAGAGGAUCCAGAUAUUAUGGCAGAAGAGAUCAAAAAGAUGAUUUCCAAUGUACCGAAUCAGUCAGCAUUCCUCACCAAUAUUCCAAGUCCGAGUUCUUCCAGUAUUGGCGCAAAUGAAGAAGGAUAUGGAAAGGUAACUCUGUUAGCCAAAGCGAUGCCGUCCCUGGAAACACACCUAUCAAUAGCACAAGAGAGAAAAAAGAUGGAGAUAGUGCCGACAAUGAUCAAGACACCGGCAGCAUUGGCCGCCUCACUGUCGCCACAGUCAAGCCAUAGCCAUCACAGCCCGCCACAUCCUCCUACCCCACCCCAACUGACCCCUCCACCUCCCGUGUGUCCCCAGCAGAAUAGACCUUCAGUACUGCGUGUCGCUCACAGACAAGGAGACCAUGUCGUGCUGCAACCUUCCGUUGUCAAGCUCAAGCGACUUCGCACUGACGAACAAGGCCAAGAGGUGGUGAUGUCCCAGGCAAGCAUGUCUCCACACAGUGUCGUGGUAUCACCAGCCAGCAGUGGGGGCAAGCGGAAGAGUGAAGACAGCAACGACUGGCCCUCUCCUCUGCAGGUAGACGUGAGCAGUCCUGCCAGCAAUGUACAUGCUCCUACCCCUGCCCAGCCCCUCAGUGUCAGCCCACCCUUCCAGCUGGAGACAGUGGCAGUUGAGCAACUUCUCACUUCUGUUGACGACAGUGUUAUCCUCCCGGAUUUCAGGAUGAUACCUGAUGAAGGUUCCCCACCAUCAUUGGCCAAUAAUAACCUAGAGGACAUCGAACUGUCUGACAUGUACAACUUUCCGUUCGCCUGGCCUCCGCCGGCUGUGCCAGAAAUGUUGGAUAGUUCCCACAGGAGUCUGGACUCCCAGAUACAGCUCCAGCAAGAGCAGAUCCACGAGAUACAGCAGGAGCUGGACUUGGUGCCACCCGAGCACACCAACGGUCAAGUCUACAACACUAAGCUCAGCCAGCUCCAGAUGGAGAAAGUGGCCAAGUUCCUACAAGAUGUUUACCACAGGAUGGAUUCGUUCCAACAAAAACUUCACAAGCCUUUAUAGUGAAAGCUACUCGUACUUGGCGUGAGGAAGCUCCUUCUGACUCCUCAGGUAGAGCACAGAAAGCAGCAGCAGAUGUUGAAGACUCUGCAGCAAGAUCACCAGAACAUCCAACAUCUGGGAGUCUGUAGUAACCAUCAGAAUGUUGGAAUCUAAUUGACAGCAUUCCAUCUGAGUUUGUUCCUGAUCCUAUCCUAAUGUAUAUAUACACAGACCUGUAACCUCACCGGUUUGUGUUUAUUGUACUGUACAAACUGCAAGUUUUAUAUUAUAAUUAUACAGUAAUUUGCUAUUUUAUUAUUAUUAAUUUUUGUUACUUUGUACAUUUUUGUAUAGUUACCACAUAAUGUUAUUUGCACACGUUUAAUUUAACCCUACAUCAAACAAAUUAUAGAAUAAUGACUGAUUCAAAGUGAAGGCAAUUCUAUAGAUAAGUACAACUCUGUAAUAAUGGUCACCAAAUCAUUAUGGUGUUCAGAUCACUUGAGUAAUUUUACUGAGUGAAAAUUGUAAACAAAAUUAUAGUGGUCAGUUGUAAAAGUGUUUUUUUCUUUUUUAUAAAUUCAAUGGCACAGUUUGUAUUUACUGAGCUACAUAUUAGAUGUGUCUAUAUGAUUUUAAGUUAUUUAUCUCAUACAUUUCAAAAUACAAAGUUCUCUUAUAAAGAAUGCUGUGUGUGUGAACACAUAUAAAUUACAAAAUAGUUCCAUCUGAAUCCCAGAAAACAGUAAAAAAAGUAUUUUUCUAUACUCAUCUUCCAGAUGGUUCUAUGUUUAUUUAUUAUAUGUAUGUUACAAGAAAAAUAAAGUAAGUAUCCAUGAAAGUUUUUUCAACA